UCUAUUACUACUACAUCAAAACAAAAACAAUACGACGCAAUAGUUUCUCGUUAGACAAAAGACGAGUAUUAUUCUGAGAAGGUGCUAAGUUUGAAUGGAGGUACAGGUCCAACGUAAAUAAACGGGUAGAAAAUUGGCUGUUGAAUUUUUCAAAAAUCCUGGAAUUUCGGGUAGGUUAACAUGGCACAGCAGACAUUUGUAGAGGCAUUGCGUUCAAAAUAUUGUGAUGAUUUUGAGAGCUCGGCAGCCAACGAUUUCGUUGUUGACAUUGUCAUAUUUGGGCCCCGUCCGAAUCGACGGUCUGCGAAAUUGACCAGCCUAGGUCUAGAGGACUGUGAUGAAGACAAUGGUGUGGUAUUAAACGAGCCAGAGUUUAAUUACCUAACAAAUGUGGUAUUAACAAAUUGUCAGAUAAGUAAAUGUGGAUUUCCAGCCAGCAGUGCGCUGGAUAUUUGUCCAAAUGUUGUUGACCUCGACCUCUCGAACAACUUCAUUGAUUGUUGGUCUGAAGUACUCUUGCUUUUAGAUAAUCUACCCAAGUUGGAGUUUCUGAAUCUCAGCUCAAACAGACUUCGAGACAAACAGCGCUGUUUGCAGUCACUUAAACGGUAUCAUGGCAAACUGAAUGCAAUUGUAUUGAACAAUACGGGAGUGCGAUGGCAGGAAGUGGUCAACCUUGCCCACCAUCUACCAGUCCUCAGGGACAUUCAUCUCUGUCUAAAUAACUACCACUCUAUUAACAUUGAGUCCCAUGAACUUGCCAGCUGUUUCCAAGGCUUAGAAUGUAUGAGGCUAAAUCAGAACUACUUUAAGCAGUGGGAUGAAAUUGCAAAACUAAGUGGCAUUAGCUCACUAAAAACACUAAUUCUGUCAGGUAAUCCACUCCAGAACAUUGUCUACAAUUCACAAAGAAAGCUGCAGUCUCCAAGACGACAAACAUCAACAAAUAGCCCCAAAGUUAUUGAACAAAAACAUGGUUUACUAUUCUUGUUGCAAGAGAAAGAUAAUAUGUUGAAUAAUGCUGUGGACUCGGACUCUUGUUACGGAAGUGCUGGUUCCACUUUUGAUGAAAAAGAUUGUGAAAUUGGUCAGCUUGUGGAUGACCUCAUAACCAAAUGUGCUGCUGAUUUUCAAGAAUCGCUGACCCAUCAGUGGUCAAGUCCGGAAACAUGGACCGGGGAGCAAACUUGUCCGAACCACUCCCUAACUCUUGAUAAACCUACAUGUCUGUGCCAACAAACCACAGAUUCAAGGUAUCUACCAAAUACAAUAUUUACUGAGAGUAGCACAGACUCUGAAUUGAAUGAUGGAUUGUCGACUGACUCUACCAAUCAUAAACAGGAUGAGGAGGAGUUUGAGGAGGCCACACCUCCUUUUCAAGGUCUGGAAUCUCUAUGUAUGAGUGAGACGAAGAUAUCUGGUUGGACAGAUUUGGAUGAAGUUGUGAAAUUUCCAAGCUUGUAUUCCUUUAAGAUCAGAAAUGUGCCAUUGGGCAGUGAAUUCACUUCUAUGGAGGACAGAAGGAAAAUAAUUGUUGCCAGCCUUCCAAAUAUCAUGUUACUUAAUGGAAGUGAGGUCAGCUCAGAUGAACAUGAAAGGUCAGAGCGAUUUUAUAUCCGACGUUUCAAUGAUGCAGCUAACCCACCAAGCCGCUAUUACAAGCUCAUUGAGAAACAUGGUAAAGUAAUCCCACCCAAGGAUCUUGAUCUUGCCAAAGGUUUUCAGCAACAUGCAACUCUAUCACUUAUGAUGGAUGAGAAAUGCAUCAAAACUAUUGAAAUCCAAACUAAGGAGUCGGUCGGAAAACUCAAGGACAUUUGUGCAGCUACUCUUAAAAUGCCUAAAAAUGUGAUGCGUCUAUUUCAUGUUUCCAAAAACAACCAAGUCGUAGAUGAAGAUGAUUAUGAAGAGCUUUUCUUGGAAUCCCUCCCUCUAAGCCGGUACAAUAUGGUAGAUGGUGAUGAGAUUCAUAUAGACAUCGAUUUUAACAUCUAGAAGGCAGUAGUUACCCAAGUUAUCAAUUAAUUCAGUCAAUUUGUUCAUUCAAAUUGACUGAAAUUUUUAAAUGAUAAAACAAAUAAAAAAGUACAAUACAUACUCAAAGUAUUGAAAUUCACGCCAUUGUGUUGGGAUUUAAUAUUUUGACAUUAAUUAUGUCAUCAUCAGGAAUGAUCAAUUGAAUAUAAUUAAAUUUAGAGAAAUUUAGUGGCGAAUUCAGGGGGGAAAAAGGGUGCUCUGCCCAACUUCCAGUAGCAGGCAUGAUAUCACUAAGUGUCAAAUCAUUUUGAUAAGAGAUUAAAUUGGCUCUGAAGCUGCCAUUAAGCAUAGUCCCUGGGCCCCCACAAUAGGUAAGGUAACACUCCAAAACAAUGCUCUCUCAACCAUAAAUUCUGCCCCAUUGGACCUUAGGUCCUUGAUUGUUACGCCACCCUUGCGAACAAAUUCUGGAUCCGCCACUGCUGUAGUAGACUAUUUUAUUGAUUGCAAGGGAAUGGAGGCUUGCCAUCCCAAAACCAGAGUAAUUAGCAUAAGAAUGUAUAUGUAUACUUUAGUACAGAGAAGCUGUAAGCUUUUACUCAUAACUUUGGCAACAGUAAGUUGAUUGCAGUAAAUGACCCACCAUUUUAAAGCUUAUAAUGUGGAGAAUAAGAAAAUAAAAAGUAAAUUUUCAUUUUUGGUAACUGAUACUGGUUUUGGAAUGGCAAGCCCCAUGUACUCAAAAUACAACAUCAUUACCAAUUGUACAGGGUAAGAAAUUUAUCGAAAAGCCUGGGAUAAUAAAUAAGAAGCUGGCCCAUAUUAACUAGCCAAUCAUAAAGUUUGUAUCAGUGUAACUCAAAUGUUGGUGCUUUAAAAAAACUAACUAACAGUAAAUUUUAUUAGGAGACAUGUGUACACUUGUUUCCUGGUUUUUAGACAAAAUUGCUUUGUAGAUUUAUUGGCCUGUUCCUAAAAAAUGUUGUUUUUAUUGUGCAAACUUGAUGCAGACAGCUAUUUAUCAAUUCAUAUAGGGUGCAUAUAUAUUUAAUGUUUGACUAUAAAAUACUACAGUACAGUAUUAAAAGUUUUAAUGCAAUAGUCUAAGUUACAUUUCCGACGGUUAAGCCGUUAGGCUUAAAUGCAUAUUCUAUGGGCAGCUAGUGGCUCCAUUUCCAGUUUCUCGGCUGUAUUCGUUUCUCUUAAACACGUACCCCUAUAAAUUCCUUUUUCAUUUUGUUGCUGCGAUAUGCUGUUGUGUACCAACGGAUGGUAGUGUGUACCACUGAAUUUAAAGUUCAGUAAUUAGUCAUGAAUUAAGUAAUGGAUUAAUUAAAUAACCUACUAAACAGAGUUUGUAACACAGUAUUCAUUUUAAGAAUGUUGCAAAAAAGGUUGGUGUGAUGGCAUUAUUUAAUAUUGUAAUAUUAUUUACUUACAUUAGUAUUUUAAAUCAUACACUUAUUUAUAGUGUAUUUAUUAUAUAGUUGUAGAAAUGCAUACUUAAUAUAUAUAUUCAUAUACUUCUGCAAGUCCAAAUACUAUGGUAUCAUAUUCAAUUGCAGAAUUUGUUAUCAAUUUUAUUGCCAUUAUAAGUCUAUCAUUAUUCAUAAUUGUUUUAUUUAGUAGUGAAGAUAGGCCAAGGGUGAGUGUUCGUAUUUCUAUUUGUAUUUCUUGUAUGUUUUAAUGUUUUAUUUAGUAGUGAAUCUAUACCAGAAAGUUUAUUUGGUGUACAAGUACAAGACACGCCCUUCAAUUCGAGACCACUUUGGGAUCUGAAAAUUUGGGGUAGUCUCGGGUUCGGUCUCGAAUAAGAGGGUGCACUGUACUUGUUAUUAAUACUUAUAUAUUAUUGCAAUUUUUUUAAUUAAUUAUUUAGUAGAGAAAAUAAGCCAGUGGGUAAACAUUGACCAUUUCCGAAUGCAAUAUUUUUUGUGGAGAACUAACAGUCAGGAAAAGAAAUGCAUUGCUUGCACAUUAAGGAUUUGAAUAAUUAUUACCUAGUAUUUAUUGUAGUUUCCAUGCAAAGGAAUUACAGAACAGCAAGUUUCUUUGGUCUAACUGCAUGAAAUUAAUUUAUUAUUUAAAUAAUAAUGUCUGUGUUGGAAAUACCUCAGAGUUUAAAAAAAAUGAAGUGCGUAAUUAAAAUGAUAAAAUAAAUUAUCAACAUCCAAAGUGACACAGAUCAAUACAAUUGGAAGCUAAAUCUGCAUUUUACUUUCAAAUAUAAAACAAUUUGAAUAUUAUAUUUUAAUUUCAAUACAGACAGUACAGUAGUUAUUAUAUGUUGGAGUAAUUAAGAAUCAUAAUAUAGAUGUAUUAUUAGUGUCAAUCUCAGAUGUUAAUUUAACAUUCAUCCUUUGUAAAAUCUAAACAUCCUGAGAUUUCCAAGCUAUGAUUGACUGUGAUGUACAGUACAGUAGUCCACAAUCAUGUUCAUAUUUAGAUUCUAUUGGUGAUAAUGAAUUAAUGCAUGUGUGUGCUGUUGAAUAAUUUUAGUCUGUUUUGUGUACACUAACAAAAUUUCAGUUUUUUACUAUCAUGGGUAAAAAGUAUAAUUAAGAAUGCUUAAACAUAGUGAUGCUGCAAGUAUGUUACAUUAGAAGCAGUCUUACAGAAUGUAUUUUUUCAGGGUAAAAUGAGAAUUUAUUUAGGAAUGUAUUUUUAAUGAUCUUUAGAAUACGAGAAGGUGAAGAUGGUUGGAAUAAAACACAAAUUAACAAA